CCCAGUGCCUCUGCCCCUCACUAAUACUGAGACAUGAUUGGAGCAGAAAGAUUCAUCCUCAUUGGCUGUCUGCUGCAAGGAGCUCUGGGCAGGGAUUGGGCAGUCUGGAUGCCUCAGAGAAUAGAAGCUCUGAAUGGAUCCUGUGUGCUGAUUCCCUGCAGAUUUGAUAUACACCCUAAUUUUGACAAUGAUCUGACAGCUGAGGCUAAAGGACUAUGGAGAAAAGGAGACAAAGAUGGUAAAGAAGUGUUUGAUUCCAGUAGAACUGGGACAGCAGCUGAACAGAACACAAUUAAAGGAACAUUAAUUGGACAACUGCUGAUGAAGAACUGCACCACAAUUCUGGAUGGCUUCCCUUCGUCUUACAAUGAUGAUUAUUUCUUCAGAUUGGAAGGCUCAAAUGGACUAAAGUUCACUUUUCCUAAUGGUGUCAAAAUUAAUGCACAAGACUCUCCACCCAAACCCAAGUUAACCUCAGAGAGGCUGGAGGUGAUGGAGGGGACUUCUGUGAGUUUGAGCUGCUCUGCUGCAGCCCCCUGUCCCAAACUCCCCCCAAAUCUGACAUGGACCCCCAGGCUGAAUGACAGUGUGGGUCAACUGCAAGAGAAUGUGUCUGUGUCUUCUGUUCUGACCUUCACUGCUUCCCACCUCCACCAUGGGCAGAACAUCACCUGCAGGGCACUUUACACUCUGCAACAUGGAAACAUUCAGAAGAUGUCUGAGGCCAAUCUGACUCUCCGAGUUCUAUACAUGCCUCAGAUCUCUGGCUCUGGGAGCUGCAGCAGAACUGCAGCAGAGAUCAGCUGCUCCUGUGAGAGCCGUGGGAAUCCCUCUCCCAGCAUGGAGUGGCGUGUGUCUGGACUGCGGGUCACUAACUCUACUGACAAAGUCGUCAGGGAGGAGCAGCUGGGGAACACAGGCCUGAGGAGCUCCCUCACCAUGCGCCAAUCACAGGGAGACACGCCCACUCUCUUCUGCGUCAGCACCAACAGUCUCGGCUCCACCAGCCUCCAGCUCCACCUCCUGUCUCCACAGCAACACUCAGGUUUUGGCAUUGCCUCACUGCUGAUUGCUGCAGCUGCCGUUGCUGGUGCCACGAUCAUGAUAUGCCUCAUAACGCAGCUCAUUCUAAAGUAA